GAGAAGAGCUGCUCUGCAGUUUGCAGGCCCAGCCCUGGAGGAUCCUAGGCCUUGCAGAAGGCAAGCAGGAUGGCCUUUGCCCCAGCCCUCCCCAAUCUGAAGACUCAAGAAAGAGAAGAAGAUUGAAGAAGAAAAAGUAGACUCAGCAGAGAGCAGACCACAGAAGUGGACAACUGGACGCAACAUGGGCAAAGUCCUAGGCUGAACUCCUUUUAGAAAGCAGUGAUACCUAUGAGCACAACCCUUUAAGACAUGUGGUGGUUCCAGUCCAGGUUGUGGUAGGCAUGGAUACAUGAAGAUCAUUGUACUGAAUCAGACCAUUGUUUCAUCCAGCCCAGGACGGUCUGCUCUGACUGCUCCAAUCACCCAGAGAGUUGCUGGAGGGUAGCCUAUCUUUGGCUGAGCUGACGCUGAACACAGGUCUUCCAAAUUUAUGCCCAACACGCUUGCCAGUGGUCCAGGCUGACUCAUCAGAAUGAAAGCAUAAUGACCUCUGUUUUGCAGAAUGGGUAACUCUGAACCACAAUGAAGAACAGAAGCAGCACCUCCAGUACUGCCAAUGCUUGUCAUGGCCCUGGCAUGUGUUAUGACCAACUGAUCAAGCAAUGUGUGGACUGCAAGAACUUACAGAGAGUCAAUGAGAAGGAGAAAAGCAUCAACACCACCUGUUUUGCCUCCAGCCUCUGCUAUGACCGCUUGAUCAAACAAUGUGUGGACUGUGGAAAGCUGAACAGAGGUACUGAGGAAACAAGAGGAAAACUUCUGAUAAAAGGCAUGUUGAAAGAUGAUCAACUGCAUGAAAUAGAUUGCAAAAGAGAGCAAGCUAAUGUUGCAACUACCAUCCUGAGAGUGACCUCUACUACAAUCCAAGUACCAGCAACUCUUGCUGCAUACCAAGUUUGCUCGGCUUUGCUCUUUGGUGUCUGCGCUCUUGUGGGACUCAUUGUGGCCAUAGUUAUGCUGCUGUGGUUUGUAAAGCAGCAACGCAAGAGAAGGCAAACGAGGAGAAAAACUGAUAAGGAGGAUUCUGAAGAAAAUGAAAGUUGCCCAAUUCCCUUUGAACAUCAAGUCCACAAAGAGAUAAGCCUACCAGAAGAAGAUCCCAUGCUAUGUAGAUGCCCAUAUUCCAACGGUACAGCAAAAACUGCCAGAGCUGACAUUUUAAAGGAGAAUGUACACCAUGUUGAAGGAAGUGAUGUCACUGAGGAUCCUUCCCUUUCUUCCUAUGAUAAAAAAUGCAAUCAUACUUUUCCACUUCCAGCAACUGAACUUGGGGCAACUGUAUUAGUGACCACCAAAACUACUCAAGAAUACUUCAUCAAUGAGGAGUUACCAUAACAGUUAUAAAAAGCUGAGACUAGCAGGCUGUCCCUCAGAAAUGAUGUACAUUCCCUCAAUCACAAAACAAGGAUGUUGGAAGGAUGAUGCAUGUAAUAGGGGUUUGGUCCAUAGAAGCCCCAGCUGUGAUCCUAACAAGAAAAAGUGACCAGAGUACAUUACAGAGUUCUUCCUCUGUGACAUUUGUGGCUGGAGAUACUAGAAGAGAGGCAUGCCUAAGGAGGGGGGAAAACAAUUAUUACUAAGAGCUCAUCCGCAUACCUUUGUCUUGAUUUCUGGAACUUUCUAUUUAUCCAGCAAGGCACUACUGAGGAAGGCUGCCUAUUUUCAUUAGAUGUGAUAUAACAUAAUCUGAAUGUGGCACACACACAAGAAGUGGGCAAGUAGGCCUUGUUUGGUUAUAACCUCACUGAAAUGUUCCUAGCCCCAAAUGAGUUAUUAUACCCAGAUAUCUCUAAUUUGAUAGUCUGGUGAACUUUAGGACCAAUUGCAGCCUUGUUUUCAACCAUAAGGAUUAGAAAUAUUUGAGGUUUUUGAAAACCAGUAUUCUCAGGAUGCAAUAAAAAUCUUUGGGCUGUACAAAAUUGCCUUCUGGGCUACAUAUAUGACUUGUACAUUUCCACUACAUUUUGGAACUUGCCGUACUGAAAUUGUUGACCAUUCCCUGGCUAGGUUUAGGAAACGUGGGAGAGCAGAAUUGCAGAGUAUGAAAGGAUAGGAAUUAGGAAUGAUAACAGGAACUAGAGUUAUGUAGGACCAUGGACAGAGACUGGGGCUUAUUGCUACAACUGGAGAUCUUAGCCAAAACAUUUCCCUCGUAUAUCAAGAAAUGCAAUGUCUUGUUUCACAGCGAAAUGUAACAGAAUGCAAUGAUGUGACCAGGUACAGGAGGGAA